AUGUUUGCAAGUAUUCUGGUCAUAUCAAUUGACUUAGAUAAUGCAAUGAAAUUACUUCUACUGAGAGAAUUCAUGAUCUAUCAUUACUCAGAGUCACUGUAUCUUCUCAUUCAUUAUUUAUUGUUUACAUUUUUCAAUUUCUUUUCAUUUUUCCGUCACAUGCAUAUGCGCGAUGCAGUUUUUAUUCUGUAUUUUCCCUACGAUAGGUUCUAUGUAAACAAAACCAAAACAUUUUUUUUAUGGUUCAUGUGCUUCCUCUUUUUGGCGGUUUUUUGA